CACAAACAAAGCCACCAGAGCAGGCGAGAAAGUCUAAAGGCCAGCAGGAGUCACCCAAAGCGCCUGGGAAACGGGAUUUUCAGGGAAGUAGCUACAUUCAGAGACCAGAGGAGAGGGCUCUGCUCCGGGAAAAGGCGACGUGCGCGUGCAGCCGCGGCGGGGGCCCGGGCUCUCGGCGCAGGAAGUACACGCCCGCCAGGUCGGGAUGGAUGCCCCUGGGCGCGCGGCCCCGCCGCUCGGCCGUCCAAUCGGAGCGCGGCCCAAGGCCAAGGCUUAGCUAUAUUUAAAUCACCGUGCGGGUCGGGAAAGGCACCUGGCCACGCGUUCCGUUCGGCGGCGGCGGCGGCGGCGGCGGGUGAGUGCGUCAGUGGGGACAGCGUCUGGAGUGAAUGAGCCCCUUGGAGAAUGUUCUCCUACAUCCCUUGAAGAAAGCUGUCCCCAUCCGGAGGCACAGAACACUGCAGAUCCUGGCCCAGGGGUGUUUGCUGCACGGGAAGGUGCCGUCUUCCUUGAAGCUAUCAGAAGCUACCUCAUGCUUGGGAGAUUCCACUAGCCAUGGCCCUCGCAGGCAGCAUCCUGCUGCUGCUGCUGCUGCUGCUGCUGCUGCUGCUGGCUCAAGGCGGGAACGCCAUCCCAGGAGAACAGCCUGCGCCCACAGAUAGCCCGGGGCAUCUGCAUUAUGAACUGCCUCCCAUGACAUACAAGACCCCGGACUCCUACACAGCCGGACCCAUGGCGGUUCUCUUCCAAAUGGUGCACGUGUUUGUCCACAUGGUCCAGCCGCACAGCUUCCCUGAAGAUAUUGUCAAAAAAAUCUUAAAGAAGAAGUUUGAGCCCUCAGCUGAUUAUGACAAGAUCACCUUCUAUGAGAUCGGCGUCAUCAUCUGCGCUGUUCUGGGGCUGCUGUUCAUCGUGCUGAUGCCAGUGGUGGGGUAUUUCUUCUGUGUGUGCCGCUGCUGCAACAAGUGCGGGGGAGAAAUGCACCAGCGACAGAAGGAAAGCGGCCCCUUCCGGAGGAAAUACUUCGCCGUGUCCCUGUUGGUGAUUAGUGUGCUUAUAAGCAUCGGCAUCUUGUUCGGCUUUUUGGCCAACCUCCAAAUGAGGACCUGGGUCCAAAGGACGCAGAACCUGGCGGAGAGCAAUCUGCAUGACUUUCGCAUGGUCCUGAACCACCUUCCAAAGCAAGUUGACUAUAUCUUGGAUCAGUUCAAUACCACCAAGGAGAGAGGGUUCACCGAUCUGGACAAUAUUGGUGAGAUGCUCGGAGGCAACAUUCACGACCGUCUGGCACCUCACGUGAUCCCUGUUCUGGAUGAGAUCAAGGCCAUGGCGACAGCCAUCAAGAAGACCAAGGAGGCCUUGGAGGCCAUGAACAGCAACGUAGAAAGUCUGAAGAAGGGAAGCGAACAGAUGAAUGAAAGCCUGACCGACGUGAGAGAAAGCACUGAGGUGCUGCUCAGCGGCAGCGAGUGCCGCAUAGACCCUGCACGGCAGAUCUGCAACAGCAUCAGGGCGAGCCUCAGCCAGCUGCAGGGCGCCCCCGGCCUGGACCAGCUCCCGUCUCUGGAUCAAGAACUUAAAAACAUUGAUAAUAUUCUUGGCAAUGGUUUGGAUGACCAAGUCAAUCAGGGAUAUGAAUUGUUCGAUGCUAUACCUGAGAAGGUGAAGACCCAGGCGGAGGUGGCCAUCCAAGAUGUCAAAGGUGUCCUGGAUGGCGUCAGUUCCCACAUCAAGAGUGUCACUGAAGACAUUCCUAUUCAGUCCACGCUGUCCAAUUUCACUGGUUACAUCAAUGACACUGAAGCUUACAUCCACCAGAAUUUGCCCAAGUUGGAAAAAUAUGACACAUACUGGUGGCUGGGAAGCUUGAUUGUCUGCUUCCUCCCGACCCUCAUCGUGGUCUUUUUUUAUCUGGGCCUGCUGUGCGGCGUCUGCGGCUUCGACAAGCACGCCACCCCGACAAGCAGAGGCUGCGUGUCCAACAUGGGUGGCGUCUUCCUCAUGGUUGGGGUCGGCUUAGUUUUCCUCUUUUGCUGGCUAUUGAUGACACUCGUCGUUCUUACUUUUAUCAUUGGUGUCAAUGUGGAAAAAUUGGUCUGUGAACCGUACGCCAACAGGAAGUUAUUCCAGGUGUUAGACACGCCCUACUUACUGAAUGAGGAGUGGAAGUACUAUCUCUCUGGCAUGGUACUCAAAAAGCCCAAUGUUAAACUCACUUUUGAACAAGUUUACAGUGAUUGCAAAAAUAAUAAAGGUCUUUACACCACGCUUAAGCUGGACAAUUACUUCAACGUCACUGAGGAGCUCAACAUUGAGAAGCAUACUGGAAACAUAAUGAGCCAGCUUGACCAUCUGAACUUACAACUCGACGGCAUUGUCCUGCUGGAUGCAGAAGGAAGAAAAAACCUUGAGGCCUUUGCAGCCUCUGGAUUACAGAAUAUAGAUUACGACGCCUACUUGGCCCAGACUGAAAAAAGCCCUGUUGAAGUGGAUCUUUUAUCAUUUGCAGAUGACCUGGAAGAAAAAAUAAAACCUUUGCCUGCAGGAAAUCUGAAGCAUGGCCUCCAAGCCCAGGCACAGGCUACUAGAAAAAUUCACAAUGAACAAGUCAUUCCCAUGGAACAGUCACUGAGCAAUUUAAAGGAAAAUGUCAGGAAUCUUCAACGCAUGAGCGAUGGAUUGACGGAGAAAAUGAACAAGACCCUUGACGCUUUGGAUUCUGCUCAGAGCUUCAUCACAAACAGUGUCUCCUCUAUUAUCAUUGAAGAAACUAAGAAGUAUGUGCGAAUAAUACUAGGGCACUUUGAACGUUAUCUACAUUGGGUCAAGAGUGCUAUCACUGAGGAGAUGGGGUCCUGCAAGCCCGUGACCACCGCCCUGGAUUCUGUCAUUAAUGUCGUUCUGUGUGGCUACAUUGUCCACCCGCUGAAUUUAUUUUGGUUUGGCAUAGGACAAGCUACUGUGUUAUUACUUCCAGCCAUAAUCUUUGCCGUGAAGCUGGCCAAGUACUACCGCCGGAUGGACUCCGAGGAUGUGUAUGAUGAUGGUGAAAUUCUACCCAUGAAAAAUAUGGAAAAUGGUAAUAAUGGUUAUCAUAAAGAUCAUUUAUACGGUGUGCACAACCCCAUUAUGACAAGUGCAUCUACUGAUAGCUGAUGUCAAAAUGGCUUGAGCCUCAGGACUCCCACCGUGGAGAGAAUCACAGACUUCUCAUGGCGUCCGGGCCGAUGAGAAUUUCCCCAGCCCAGGAAGAACUUCGGGGGCAACACGCACUCGGGCAGCCUCCAGGGCGUGGUGCCACUGGUUUCUGGGUGGUUCCUGGUUAGGAGUGAACACAAUUGCAUUUAUAGUCCAUGUGUCCAUCACUACUUAAGCAUAGUUCUCCCCUCUGUUGUUUAUUUUUAUUUUGUGCUUUUUUUUACAGUGAAUUUCUGUGUAGACACUACAAUAUAUGGGUGUUUCUUCCCACCCGACAUGUUUCUCUAAUAGCUCACCAGAUGAGGUAGCUGAGUCUCUAACUCGCUUCCCCCAUGGAGUGUGCUAAACACAUACCAGUUUACAGAAAAGAUGUAUUUUUUGUAUAGAAAAUUGUGUAUAUCUUUUACCCAGGAAGAGUUUUUUAAACAAAUGAGUAGUCUUCUAAAUGAGCUUACUAUCAGGCUAAUGUUGAUUUUUUUGGUGCUUUUGGAAAUAAUCCCUUUUCACUAAAAGCGUGUGAGGCAUAUCUUUCCACUCAGAUUGUCACCUUCUUUGUCAGUAGUUUGUUUCAAUGUUUAGAAAUCAAAUGAAAAAGCAACCACAAAGAUCUGCUUGACUUCUCCACCAAAUCCCAAGCAAGAGAGAGAGGGACGGAAUAUCUUGAGAGAAGGAAGUGUUGCUCAGUUAUGUUAAAAGAUGAUAAAAGAUGCCAAUUUCAGUGUACUCUUUAUGGAAAUUUUUUCAUUCAAAAGCUGGGCAUCAACUACAGUGUCAUCUGGUUGCAGGACAAGGAAAUACAAGAAGAUUCUGUCGUGGUUCUUAGAUUUGUAUCCAGCGUGAAGGAGGCCUUUGGGUUUGGUCCUAUUAAAGCGCAAGUCAGUAUGUA